UGUGAUGAUGCAGUGGGAUACCUACUCCACACCUCAGGGAUGCAGUGUUGUGUGUUUGAGCUGGCCUUCCCGGAAACAUCCAUGUGUGUGUAAGUGUUCGCCCCUAACCCUAAUCAGCGGCAAUUAACCAAUGAUGUGGCCUAUAAAUGUUUGGCUGAAACAUGGAAGCUUUCUUGAUCCAAGUGUCCGUCAUGAAGGAGGCUAGAAACUACAGACACAGUCCGCUGACGCCAGAAGCUGCCGGGACAUCGUCGGACGACGAAGGCACACUAACCCCCCUGAGGUUUGGGGGGAAGCUCCGCUGCCCCCUGGCGGGAUGCGCCAGCCGUCACAAGCUGCUCGUCCGUCUGGACAAACACCUGGUGAGCGUGCACGGGAAAGGUGGGACCCGGCUCUCUGAGCUCAUGCAGCGUGCCAAAAAGGCGGCGAUAGACGAACGGGCGCAGGCCGAACACACAGACAUUGCGAGCGACGUUGCCGCUCUGAGAGAAACCUUGAAUGUGCUGAGUCAAAGUGUGGACAGCUUGUGCAAGAAGGUUGAGGCUGACAAAGCGCCUGACAAUGCCCCCCUCAGGCCAGCCCGCCCGCCUCUCGCGCCAAGGUCACCGAAGUCUGGCGGGUUCGGGUCUCGCUUUGGCACCAGCUUCCAGCCUCGGGCGCGCAAGUCUCCCCAAAGACCGCCAUCCACCGCCGGGUCACAGAGGGGCAGGGACACAGAGCAUGACUACCCGGAGGAUAGCCAGGCCAGCACCUCCGUCACCCCAAGACUGGACAAAAUCAUUCGCCUUUUCAAGACUCCCAGUUCGCCCAGAAAUGAACUCCAAAGCGUCCAGAAUCUUCGCCAGAGAUCGGCUUAUGUCAGAAAGUUUCUGCUGCACAUGGCGGGCGACAGGGUGAUGUUGACCGCACUCUGGUAUUCCUGA